AUGACUCCCAAAGUUCUAGUCGUUCUGACCUCGGCAAACGAGAUCCCCAAGCUGCAAAAGCCUACGGGCUGGUAUCUGCCUGAAUUCGCUCAUCCCCAUGAGGUCCUCCACAACAAGGUCUCUCUGACCAUCGCCUCGCCCAAGGGCGGCGAAGCCCCUCUAGACCCCGCCUCGGUGGAAAUGUUCAAGUCCGACGCGACAUCGACAGAGUUCCUCUCGGAGCAAAAGGCCCUCUGGACAAACACCCACAAACUGUCCGACGUCCUCGCUCGCGCCGAUGAAUUCGACGCUUUGUUCUACGUCGGUGGUCAUGGCCCAAUGUUCGAUCUUACGACAGAUCCAACCUCCAUAUCUCUAAUCCAAACUUUCGCCGCUGCCAAGAAACCCGUUGCGGCCGUCUGCCACGGUCCCUGCGUGUUCCUGAACGCGGUGGCCCCCAACGGCGUGCCCCUCCUCUCCGGCGCCACCGUAACGGGCUUCUCCAACGAGGAAGAAGACCAGGUCCAACUCUCGGCUGCGAUGCCGUUUAUGCUGGAGACGGAGUUGCAGAAGGUUUCGGAGGGUGGGUAUGUCAAGGCUGCGGAGCCUUGGGGGGUGAAGGUUGUUGUGUCGAAGACGGCGGGUGCUGGGGGCGUUUUGAUUACGGGGCAGAAUCCGGCGAGUGCAACGGGGGUUGGGGAGGCAAUUUUGAAGGCUUUGGGGCUUUAG